UGUUGCAAUAAUAAAACCAUUAACAAAAAAUUCACAUUUACCUGCUAGGUUGAAAUAAAAUAUUUUAAAUUAGAUUGAAAGGCGAUGGUUCAAAACUGGUAGUCGGUUUCCAGUUGCGACGAAACAUAUAUAAUUUGGAAGGUAACUUUAUAUUAUAACAUGAACAAAUACUUUUGUUUAUUUAUUUAUCUCCAAUUAAUUUGAAAUCGUCUUUAAACAUUUAAUAAUUAUGUAAAGAUGCUGGCCACCUUGUCAUAAUUAAACCAUAUACUCUACUCAAUCACUAUGGUAAAUGGUUAUAAGUCCAGUCAUGAUUGAUAUUGUGGUGAACUCAUUACACCAAUUAAUGAUAGAAUUUUCUUAAAAUAAAAUACCCAGAAAAUACCUAAUAACGUGAUGAAAGAUGAACAGAAUAAUGAUCACUACUUUAGUUACCUAUUGAAUAGAAUAUUUGAUGCUUUGGCAACAUAAACUUGCCAUUUGCCAAUAAAUACUUAUAAUAAUUUUAUAUUAUACUAAUUAUUAUUAAAAAAACGGGAUAAAAUAAAUUCCAAGUUUUUCGCCAAACGAUGUACAAUUAAGUGCCCCACGUGUCAAAAAAAAUCGGAAUCUGCUGGAAACUGACUACCACCCUUCAUACAAAUUUGAACCGUCUCCUUAUGUGUAUCAAAACGUAAAAUAAUCUGUACCUCGUUAGGGGUCCUUACAAUACCAUUCUAAGCUCAAACCUCGUCCUUUUACAACAUGGCCGCCUCACUAUAAAUUUUGCUGUCAUAAAUACAACUAAUAAUGAACAUUGAAGCCGGAGCACGACCGCGAAAAGAGCGAGGUCAUUAAUGAGUCCGUCCGUUGACUCGCAGCGGUAAAGUCGUAGUUGCGAAUCGAUCGACCGUACGCAAAACAGUCUACCGGAGCGACAGAAAAUGUACGAGUAAUAAUAGCCGUAAGUAGCCUCGCUCUGUGUCAUUUCACCGCGUCGCGUCGGUUGCGAGUUUCGACCGGAGCGAGCGGUGUCGACCUCCCCCCACACUCCUGUCCCCGCCCGACUGUACUUACCUAGCUGUAGGGGGACGGGUUAGUAUAUUUUGAUCAACCGUAAGCAAUGGAAGACUUUAUUAAAGCUGUCAGGCGAUUCCCUGAACUAUGGAAUACAGAAUUGCAAGAGUACCGCGAUUACAGGAAGAAGGAGGAGGCAUGGACGCAAAUCGUAGCCGCUAUCAACAAAGAUGUAAUUCCAGAUAGUAAGUAUUUAUUUAUGGUUUUUAAUUUUAUUGUAAUAUGUAUAUGUUGUAAGUACAGUUGCCUGUUGAUGCAUAAACGAGUGUGUAUAUGCAGCAACAGGCAACUUUGUUCACUACAUUUUUUAAUUCCAUUUUUCAAAAGAAUGCAUUUAUGAGUUAUUCGUUUUGCACGAUACUAGGUAAUAUGACAAUUUUCUUUUAUUUUACAAGUUGAUCAUUAAGUUCUAACUACAGAUCAGGUAUACUCGAAAAGUCGGCAAUAUACCUAAACGUUAGCGCGUGUUGCCAAACAAAAAAGAAGAAUGCGUUUUCAUUUCACCAACAUUUCGUGCUCUAAUGGGCCCACAGUUAUAGUAUUUUCGCGGUGUAAUCUUUGCCUUACUGCUUGUGGAAAUGAGCAGUAAACUUUUGCAUGAAGCAGAUCCUUGGUCACAAAUAAAAACAUAAAUAUGCGAAAGGAGUUCUAUUUUCUUUCUUCUAUUUAGAUUUGGCGGAAAAUUCAAAUGACCGUUACAAAGUUUUUGACGAAAAAUGUUAACAGAAAAAAUACACCACAGUAUUCGGGCCGCGAAAGACAUUACUCGAAUUCCGAAGCAAUAUUUACACUGGAAGACGGUGACGGGGAAACAAAACGAAAACUACCUGAAUACGGGCGUACGUUUGCUAGAGUUUAGUAAAGUCGCAAAAGCAGAAUGGAAGAAACUGAGGGACAGUCACAGGGAUUCUUUGAAAAGAUCCAGGUCAAAGUCCGAACAAGGUGCAGAAGCUAUUAACAACUGGAAAUAUGCUAAACUGAUGCGAUUUCUUCUGCCUUAUAUGAAGAAUCGCAAGAGGAGUAUCUAUACAGCAAUGUCUGUAACUGAAAACUCGGAAACUGUACACUCUCCUUCAAGUGAACCACAAAUGCAAGACAGUGAUAAUUCGAAUCAGUCGUGGCAACUCACCGAAAACCAAAACAUUGGUCCAAACGAUUUGUCAAGUAACAAUACAAACGCGUCAAAAAGUAGAAAAUUAGAUAAAAUCGAUAUAAUCGAAAUGAUGAGAGAAAUAGUCGAACACCAUAACAGUCCUUGCGAAGAAAGGCAUCAACGAAAAAAACCCGAAACACAAAAAACUACAAGAGACAAACAUCCUCUAGAUUCAUUUUUCGAUAGUAUGUGUACGACAACUAAACAAUUUCCUUCAUGGUUACAAAUCAGUGUUAAAAGGAAAAUCUUCACAAUAGUGUCUGAAGCCGAAGAUACAUUUGAAAAUUUAAACUAUGACAGUUCAUCCUGGAAUUAUAACGACAACACAAAUACAACGGCGGGUACUGCAUCUACGAUUCCAUGCGAGACAGAAUCAAAGCCAAUCAUCCAGGAUAACCAGUGCAUACCACCACAGCAAUCACCGCAAUAGCUUUUUCCUUAUUUUAAUGACAUAGGUGCUUUAUAAAUAAUAUAAUAACAUAUUUUUGAAACGAAACUUUUUUUCGGAUUAAUGGAAUAAUCCUAUGGAAUAGUUGAAACGGAAAUGCGUCACGAGCGUCACACGACUUUAUAUAUAUAAUGUGUGCGUGUGUGUGUGGGAUGCGUGGGCAGGUCCUCCCGAAGAUCAUGAAAAUUGGAGGGCGAAACACUCGGCGAAGGCUGAAACGUUACGAGCGUCACACGCGACAAUAUAUACACAGUCAGGUCAUAAGUAUUGUCACACGGUAAAAACUUUUCUUUUAGAAUGCUGGCCACAAUAAAGUUUAUUGAAAUCGAAUUUCGAAUUGUUC